AUGCUGCUUACACUGGCACUCCCAAAAAGGGAAUUCUCUUUAUUAACUAGUCCUCUAGCACCUGGAAAGCGUCUCUCCAACAUCAACGUCGAGAAUAUUGAGGAAAAUAGGCAUGCUCUCCUUAAUCUCAUCUUCACCCCUUGGUGCCCCCACUACCUCAGUGGAGUGAUCCUCUUCGAGGAGACCCUCGAACAUAAGAACAGUCAGGCAUAUAAGAUGUGCCUAGCUUGA